AUGGGGUCAAUAGUCAACAAUGUAGCACUCAGCAUAGCUGAACUUAUUGCGUCGUUUGAUUUAAAUUCAGAUGCAUUCAAGAUCCAUUCUCGUGAUCCAUCAAACCUUGAACUUGUAACUGCAUCAAGUGGCGGGAGCGCAAGUACUUCCAUCCCUUACAACAGCUGCGUAUCGACCGCACCCUACGAGCUGCCCAAAGAUGUGGCCGAGGAGACACUCGAAUGGUACGCAUCGACUAUUGCGACCGGGAAAGUGUCGGAGGCACGUCAGAAUUAUUUAUUAGAACUUGGUGCAAAACAAUACAUUUAUGAUUUGACUGAACAACUGCAAGAACAGCAACAAGGCGUGGAGCAACAGCUGGAAACUGGGAAUUCGGGGACUCAAGGCAUCCGGAAUUUUUCAUGUUUGCUUGAUAUGACGUUUAUUCUUAGAGACGCUGGCAAAGUCGAUGCUACGGUACCACACAGUCUUUUGGAAGAGAUUUUUGAGAUCCAGACAAUUGGCUGGUGCCAACAAUUUUGGCCAUAUCUUGUAUCGCGCUACCAUUUUAUUGCACACAACCUCACAGGUACAAAAGCACCGGGAAUUACAUUAAUUCGCCUGGGCAACUCUCUUUUAAAACGACUUUCCAAAACACAACAUGCGCAGUUCUCAGGCGAGAUUCUCAUGUAUCUUGCGCGAGCGUUCCCACUUACUGAGAAAUCCGGGCUCAACAUCCGUGGCAAUUACAAUGUUGAAAACAUUACAUACUAUGAGGGCGAUGACCGCAACGUAGUGGAAAGCCAGAAAAAGGAUUCUGAGGGCGACGUUGAGAUGGCUGAAAAUACUGAGGCUGCAGUCAACCCAGAAAAGGCCAAAAAGGAUGCCAUGUAUCGUCGGUUUUGGUCUCUACAAGAUACAUUCCGAGACCCCACGGUGUUGUUUAAUACUGAAAACAAGACUGAAAAAAUGACUAAUCUUAAGACUACUCUAUCAACAGUUUUAGCGGAACUCAAGGAGUGGGAAUCACAAUACAAUACCCGACGAGACCGUGAAAACGAGAUGCGAAGGCAGGAAAUGGAUUUAUCAGAUGAUGACGAUGAUGAUAAUGAUGAUGAUGAUGAUGACGAUGAUGAUAGCGAUGGCGAAAACGAUGAUGAGAAUGAAGAUAAAGAAAAGGAAAAGAACAAAGAGGAAGAGACAACAUCUGGAGGGCCGUCCAAUACUAUUUUGUUCGUACCAAAAUGGCUUACACGCCGAGAUUUAUUUGAAUUGCAACUCAAGGAUGUUAGUUUCAGACGGGCUAUUCUCACACAGAUGUCUAUUUUGAUUGAUUUCCUGUUAAGUUUGGAAACUGGCUCCGAUUCAAUUCACAGUAUUCUUAAUAAGAUGACUUCUCCACCGACAAAUAAGAGUCUGAUGUAUAAUUUUGAGUUAGAACCUGCAGAUGGAAAGUUUCUAGUUGAUUUAAGACGACAAAUUCGACGGACUGGGUUUCAGAGUAUCGACUUCCCUCAAGCAUAUCUGCGAACUGUGGAGGCAGUACUUUCGCGCGACCGGUUUUGGCAAAUUUGGAAGCUGCACAGUUGUCCUUCUUUUGGGCUUCCUCCUAUUACCAAAGAAUCUCUAACGAUUGCCAAAACUUCAGAUUUAGUUUCUAAAAGUGGGGUUGAAAAUAAUAAUAAUGAAAGCAUCAAAAAACAAACUCCAAUUUUGGAAGAAGCAGCCGAGAAACUACGGAUGCUCCAAAAGCCGCGGCCACGGUUUGCACAUAAGCUUGGAACACCACAGUUGUCACAGGUGUGGCGCAUUCCGCUUGGAACGGAGAUGCUUAAAGAUCCAAAGAACUACGAAUUUAAAAGUGCGGAGGCGUACUACAAGGACAUCAAAGAAGCUGAGGAUGAGUUUUGCAACAAUUACGAAGUGGAGGUUUCUGAAGAGGAAGAGGUUGGUGAAGGAGAGGAGAAGAAGAAAGUUAAGAAGAAAGUUAAAAAAUUGUUAGCAUCGAGAGAGGAGUUGCGGGAACACAAGGAAGCCAUAGGAUCGAAGAAUUGGCGAGGAUUAAGGGCUGCACGUGCGCUGGGGUUGUGGUGCAAGUUUGGUAAGAUUAGGCGGAAUGGUGGAUUGAGUGGGCUUUUUGAGGAACCCAAAGAAGAUGAAGAAAAUUUUGAAGAGGAGAAGACUGAAGAGAAGCAGGAAGAGGAUGAGGAUGAGGAAGAGGAUGGGGAUGAAGAACAAGAACAAGAAGAUGAUGGGGAUGAAGAUAAUGGAGAAGAAGGUGAUGGGGAAAAGAAAGAAGCCGAAGUAAAGGAAGUGGAGGUGAAGGAUCAAGAUGACAAUGAUGAAUUGGAACUAUUUCCUGAACCAGAGCUUGAGAAUAAUGUGUCUAAGAAUGAACAGGAAUCUGGGCCUAAAGAUAUACCCGAUCAAGAGCAAGACCAGAUUCUGAAUAUACAACAGGGAGAAGAACAGGAACAAGAUUCUGACAAUGACAUGGAGCUGAUUUUGGAACCUGAGCCGGAGGGGGAGCCUAAAAAAGAGGCGCCAGAAUCUGAGCUUGAGCCUGAGCUUGAGCCUGAGCUUGAACCUGAGCUUGAGCCUGAAGCUGAGCCUGAAGCUGAGCCUGAAGCUGAGCCUGAAGCUGAGCCUGAGACUGAUGCAGAAUUAGAACUAGAUCCCGAGCCAGAAUCUGAAGGAGGGCCCGGAAUAGGAUAUGAACUCGAUCAAGAAACCACACAGGGGACAGCGGAAGAACCUAUUGAGGUUUCUUCAGACUCCGAGGCCAAACCUGAACCACCAACAGAACAUAUUGAACGGACACAAAGCGAGAGCAGUUUAGGAAGCUUGAGCGAAAUGGAGUCUUACUCGGACAAUGAGUUUAAUCGAAAGGUGAAAUCAAGGCCGUCAAGUCGACAGGAGAGUCUUGAUAGGUUGAGGGAAUACAAUGAUGGUAGAAGUGAUGCUGAAGACUUAAGCAUCGAGUUGAUUUCCGAAAAGGAAAAUGGAUAUGAUGACCAGGAUGAUGAUACUGAAAAAAGAAGACAGCGGAGGUCUGGGCAGAGCCAUCAUAUGAACCAAGAACAUCAACGCCACAGACAAGAUGAAGAUGACGGCGAAGAGCUGCAACAACAGAGGUAUCAUCAUCAUCGUCAGAAUGGUGGACAUAAACGGAGCAGGUCAUCUGAAGAUGAUAGUGAGAGCCGGUAUAAUAAGAGGCACCGAGGAGGUGAUGAAGAUUCGGAUUACAGUUCAUAA